UUAUACCAUAGAAUUUAUUUAAAUUUUAUGUGUUAAGAAUUUAGGGUUGUAAAAAAACUUAAAAAAAUCAUCAACUGGAAAUUAAAAGUAAAAAUAAAAAGUAAAAACAAACAUUUAUCAAAUAUUUUCAAAAUGGCAGCUGGGCUGAUACCUGUUCCUACUAUUAUUCCACUAAUAGCAAAAAGCAAAUUGGUUAAUGGAGCCAGAAAAGGAGUUAUUGAUACUAGUACACCAGUUGAGUUGCACUCAAAUAUGUUGGAUUGUAUAUUAUUUUACACUUUAGAUGGAACAAAGCCUGACCCAUUAAAAAAAAUUGGUCAUGUUAGCACAUAUCAAUAUCAGAAACCAUUUACUUUGCCUCCAGGCAAACAAACGUUGAAAGCCAUAGCUGUUCUAAAAGAUGGAAGUAGGGAAAGUUCUGUAAACACUAAAGUUUUUCAAGUAGCUGCUUGUAACGAGGAAAGUGAAGCGAGUGAACUGACUAAAACUACAUGGAAAGUACAAGAUGAUGAAAAAGUUGAUCCUUCACAAAAAUUGUUUAAAAAAGUUAUUAAACAAAACCCUGAUAAAAAAAAAGAAAAAAACUCGGAACGUCUUGUGUCUGAUAUUAUACAAAAAGUAUUGAUAUCUUCUGAUCCAGUAUCUCCUGAAAAUAUAUCUAAUGAGGAGGUGUUAUCUUCUGAUAUAAAAUCUACUUCUCAACUAGUAAAUGUUCAGGAUUUAAUGCAUUGCUUUCAAUGUGGUAAACGCAGAUCAGAUCUUUUUGCUCGAUUUUGCAUAGGGUGUAGUUCAUUUUUGCCACCCAUUCCCGGAAUUUUUAACAAAAAGUUUAAUGUUUCUGAGUUUUGUGGAAUUUGUGGUACAACUAUUGAUAGUGAUUCAAAAUUUUGCAAUAGCUGUGGCGUGUCUUUAAUUCCAAGUGAUAUUACUAAAUCAUCUGAAAAAAAUCUUUUUGGUAAAUUACCUCCCAAAAAAACUAUUAUUUGCAUAAGUUGUGGAUCAACUAAUAAUAAAAAUAACCACGAAUGUAUUGUUUGUGAUCAAAAAUUGGAUAAAGUGAAUUCUCCAAAAACCUCCAUUGCCUCUCAGACUCAGUUAGUGUGUUGCACUUUAUGCCAAAAAGUAAAUAAUUUUGAUGCUAAAUUUUGUAAUGCGUGUAAUACUCCUUUAAAUAAAGCAAUAAAUAAAAUCUUAAAUUCAAAUUCUGAAAAUAAUUCAGACUAUUGUUCUAAAUGUUCAGCUGAUAUACCUUAUGGUUCCAGGUUUUGUAAUAUUUGUGGUGAAAAUGUGCUAUUCCAUGCAAAGGUGUCUACCCAAUCAACAGUUGUUUGCACCAACUGCAAGGCUACUAAUUCUGUGCAGGCUAAAGAAUGUGUUGUUUGCGAUGAAAGUCUAAAUACACCAGCAGAAACUGAAAAAGAAACUGAAAAAGCUCCUAAACCACCUGAGUAUGAGUUUGUUAUUUGUCCAUUGUGUAAAAGAAUCAACAGUGCUGAUGCAAGAUACUGUGAUUGGUGUGGUGCUAAGCCUCAUACAAAUUCUUUUACUGUUAGAUGUGAUAAUUGCUUUAAUUUAACUGAUGCAUAUGAAACAAAUUGCACUUCAUGCAAAAGUUUGAUAACAACACCUAUUCGUAAGAGUUUUGAUGACAAAAUAAAAAAUGGAGAUAUCAAAAUCAAAGGUAAUUCUGAAAGCAAUGCAGACAUAAUUUCAACAAUAAACACUGCAGAUAAUUCUAAUAAUUGGUGUGAUAUUCCUGUGGAAAAGAUCUUAAAAAAAAAGAUUCGAACUACGUUUACUCAAGCAGGUGAAGGUCUUUUAAAAGAUGUUAAAAUUUCUAAAAAUGCUGAGAAAACCAGUCCCGGCAAUGGUUACUGGAGACAACAGCUUGACCACAUUAUCCAGCAGCUUAAAGUUUAUACUCAAAAUAAUAUUGCAUUUAGAGACUCUUUUAAAAAUUUUGUUUUGUCAAGUUUGCACUCAGCUAGUGUUAAACAGAAUAAUGAGGAGGAAACAUUAUUAUUUGAGCUUAAGUUUGGUUUUAAAGAUGAAAAAGAUAAUAAAAACAAAUCAAACAUUAAAGAAGACUCCUCAGUUCAAACACUAAAAAAUGCAAUUGCUGGAAGUUCAAAAGAAAAACUUCACCCUCAAUCAUCACAAAAGUCUUCGCCGCGACUAUCUAUAUCUCGACCAAGUUCUGCUAAGAUGAAAUCAACUUUAGAUCCUCAAGAAAAAAAAUUGACUAAAAAAUUGAUUGAUGCAGAACGAACAGCAGUAAAAUUAGGAAAACUAUCUCCAGAGAGUUUAUCAGCACUAAAGUUAAUAACUUCUAGUAAUAAUGCAGAUGAAACUAAAUUUGAAGAACUUAUAAGGUCUGUUAACUUUGAUCCAAAUUCUGUUGAUGAAAAUGGCAUUCCAUUAUUGAAGCUGUGUGUUUUAAAUAAAAAGUUUAAUUUGAUUCAGUUUCUCAUUGAUGCUGGUGCAAAUAUAGACCAACUUUCCGGCCCUAAAGAAAAUAGUGCCCUUCAUGAAUCUGUUAGCAUGGGAAUUUCCGGCCAAGAUUCUGUCGAAAUAUUACUUCUAAACAAAGCUUCUCCAGAUCUGAAAAAUAAAAAAGGAAAAACUCCCUAUGAUAUAGCAGUUGAAUCUGGAAUAGACGGAUUAAUUAGCAAGUUUACUAAGUACACCUCAAAUAACUUAUUAAAAGAUAUAAUUAAAAUAUAGAAAAAAAUCUAGUAUUGAAAAUAAA